AUGAAGCUUUCGGCUAUUAUCGCGGUCGUCGCCGCCUCGGUUGCGCUUGCAUCGCCCGCAGCAGUCAGUCUUGAACGAUCCGUCAAGGAAGUCAGAAAUGCGGACGGCACUGUUGCCUCAGUCACCUGCGUUGAGUGCCCUUGUGAUGGCUUCGCUGGGACAUGCAAAUGCAUUCCCAACGGAUGCUGCUGCAUUACUUGA